UCCCAUCUGCAUUGCCUUCAUUUCUGGGGGUAGAAGCCGGGGCUGCAGCUCUGCUCAGCCGGUGGCAGUCAGUCUGACAGCUCGGCGUCUUGGCAGGAACAAGCAGAAGGAGACAUGCAACAAGUGGUCAGGGGGCAAGAGGAGAGCCAGAGGAGCCUGAAGAAGGGCAAAUCGCAGGAGCAGGAACACAAGUACGUUGAGAUCCCGAUCUCGCCAGGGAGGAGGACAGGGGACAGUCCACACGGGGUGACAGUUACUUUGACCGGAGUGACUUUAGUUAAAAAAGAAGACACGAAGAAAGGGACAGAGAGGGCAUGUGACUGUAAGCAUUCCCCUGUCGGGGCAAAGCAGCCCAGCAGGGCAACAAGAGAGCGAUCCCCUGGAUAUCACCCAGAUUUCCAAUCAAACCUAUCAGAAGUCAUUGGCGACAAUCCAAAUAUGAGGGGCAAAGGACAAGAGGGGGAAUUGUCAGAGGGCACUCUGUCCACAUACUCCCCCCAUGCAGUGGACAGUGACCCACAGUCCCCUGUGCCCCUACCCCGGCGCAGCAGCAGCGACAACGACGAAGCGCACUACAUCACCACCCACGAAAUUCAGCUUUGCGAAGCCGAUCAGGACACUGACUACCCAGAUUUCGGACUCGCCUCCUCCACGUGGAGUGAGCCGGUUGACAGCGCCCCCUGCACCUUCCUGGAGUACGCCUCGUUUGACAGCCAAGGUGGGACACCGACAGACGAGGACUGCAGUUACUACUUGAGCACCACCAGCGAGCACAACCCCACGGACAGCCUGGGCAGCACCGAGCUGGUCAGCACUUACUCGGAAAGCGACACCUCCCCGGUCCUCUGCAGCAGGGGCACCAGAGACAAGCCAGCUACUUUAGAAGAGUCCAAACCCGGGAUGCCCUCGGGCCAGAUCCUCCUAUCAAUCAAAACCGAAUCCAAGGCUAUAAAUGAGCCUAGCAACCUCCAGGCAAAGCAAAACAGCGCCCCUGCUGAUGCCAAGCAUGAGACAGACAUGAGCUACUGUGUGACCAGAGCAACCGAGAGCAAGUCAGCUUUCAGGCAGCAUCUCGGUAGUAGUCCUCACCUUAAGGUAUCAGAUGCUCACAGGCUGGUGGCCAUACCUGCUCGGCUACAAGCUCGCAGCGGGGUCCAUGCAGACAUCUCAAGCGGAGCUUCCAGCGUGGUCAGUGAGCUAGAUGAUGCAGACAAGGAGGUCCGCAACCUGACGUCGAGAGCCUUCCGCAGCCUAGCCUACCCCUACUUCGAAGCCAUCAAUUUCAGCUCUAGCGAGUCUACUACAUCGCUGUCAGAACAGAACAUAGGGAUCAACAGCUGGUCUUCUUAUUUGGACUGGAAAGGGGGAGCGCUCCUCACCCAGAAGGCAGAACAAAGCCUCCAAAAGCAUACCGCUUCUACCUCCAGUUUUGGUCUACAAAAAAUAGGGAAAGAUGCCCCCAAGGACCAAGUGUACGUGCAGGCUAACAAGUCCCAGACCAAGGCUAUUGAGCUGGUUGUCAGUGAACUGGCACCUAAGGGAGCGAAUGCAUCGGGUGCCUCUAAGCGCAUCCAGUCGGGGUCUAGGGUCGUAACGUUGACGGAGACUUUGAACAUCAGUAGCAACGUGAAAGCUUCGGCUGCGGGGACCAUACGAGACUGCAAGCCUCCUGAACAUGGUCCAGGCUCAGCUUGCAAGGAUGGGGUUACAGAUCCACUGCCAAGAGAACAUGCUGGGCAGGAGGUUGUUAAACAGAGCACUACUGUAGCUGAAGCCAUGGAAGGGGCGCACAAGUCGAGAUUUGCCUCCAGCCUUCUUAAAAAUGUAAUCUCCAAGAAAAUGCAGCUAGAACAGGAGAUCAAGAUGGAAAGAGGGGAGCUCACGGACACGUCUCAGAAUAACGCUUCCAUAGAUACAGAGGGAUCCAAGGACAAAGGGGUCCAAAGGCAGAACUCCAGGUUCUCCGAAGCAAGCUCCGAUUUCACCCUUGUUAGCAGCGAGGACCUAGGGGAGUUUUUCGAGGUGAAACCUGCCACUCCAAAAGAUUUUACACCACCGGAGGGCAACUCAUCGAAACAGCUGGAGUUUCACCGGGAAGAAAGUGUCACCGAAAUUAAAAAAAGCGCAUCAGAAGCAAUUAAAAGUAUAUUCCUCCGUAGUCAAAACAGCGCAUUCAGGUCAUGGAAAGAGAAAGAAUUAGAAAAGAUGGAAAAGAAAAUAGAAGAAAAAGUUGCCAAAGCAAGAAAAAUAAGGAUACCGCUGGAAAGGGAUUGGAGGGCGGAUUUGGGGGAGAUCUCCAGCAAUACAUCUACUAAAAUGUCUCGCUUGUUUGUACCGGGUAUCCAACAAAACCCCAAAGAUAAACAGUCUGACAAGCAGGCGACCAAGUAUUCUGUGUCUACCUAUGCCCACCAGACCUGCCUCAGCCGCAAUGAGAUGGACUUCAAGACUGAAAAAUUACACGUCCUACAGGCAGCUGCCAGCAGGAUGACCCCCGCGAUCACCCCUAAGCCCCAAGAGAUCAAACUAAGCCUGGGACUGCCAGCAGACAGCAAAGAUAACCCUUUUAAUAUAGCCAAACUUUUAACUCCCAACCUGGCUAACAGUGUGACCAAUCUUUCCAAGGCAGCGGAAGAGCUAAGAAGCCAGAUCCCCUCUAGGUCUGAGGUUCUGGAGAAAAUGCCUCAAUUCCUGGUGAGAGAUGUAAGGGAAACCAAACCCAAAGUCCAAGGUCCUAUUCACCAGGUGAGAGACGUAAGGAAGUUGCUAAAAGGUUCAUACCACCAGGACACAGGGGAUAACAGUGACAAGGGCAGCGUGGUGUCCGACCAAAGCGGCACGGAUUCCAAAUCAAAGCAACCCAUGGGGUCCAAGAUCUCAUCUCCACUGUCGCCUAUCGUAAUAACUUGCCAGGCGGUGAAAAACAAGGAAGAAGGUGAUGCAGGUGAGGAAGAUAAGAGCCUUUCUUCUGCAGAUACCAUCCUGGUGCACCGGGCUUCAGGUAGGCUCCCAGUGGCUACCAUAGCUCCAAAUAAAACGGGGCCCCGAAUACCUGUGGUGAAAAUUGUCUCCAAAGCGUCCAAGUGGAAGCAGGAAAAACCCAAGGAGACAGAAGUGAAACAGGAACUCAAAUCCCCGCAAUCCCAUGCCGCACUAGCGAAGCUCACAGCCGCAGUUAAGACCAUGGAACAGCUUUAUGUUUUCGACAAAAAAGAAUGGAAACGCAGAAGCGAUCCCCAGCCUCUCAGCGGUAGCCACGUCUUGCCCCUUAUUGCAUAUGAGGAGGCUUCAAGUGAGGUCAAACCUGUUGUCGAGGAAAACGCAAAAGCCCCUGUCUCACAGUUCGUCAAAACUCCGUUGGAACGAAGGAAUUCCAAUCCUGGCUCAGAUAAAACAAUGUCAAAGCCUCCUCUGGCUGAGAACAAACCUCCUCCAAGGACCUUCCAGGUGUCUAAAUUCACUGAAGGAAAGAGCAAGGACCAGACUGACAAAAACAAGUCCAGCGGAGAAGGCAGCAACCGCAACAUCUUCACUGUGAGCGCUGCCCCAGUUAAGAACAAGCAGCAGAACCUGGAGACCGUUCUGAACAGCAGGAAUGCCCGACCAAAACCUCCCAGUUCGCUGAAGAUCCCACAAGUAGCCUCGGAGGAGACCAAGAAAGCUCAUCCUGUAGCCUCCCAGCCGCCAGUCCAGACCAGGAAACCUAACACUGACAUCGAGAACUACCUCACCAUCCCCGUCAAGGUAACCGGGGAAACUACAGGCGCAAAACCUCCAACAGGCACAAAUAAUCGCGAUUCAUCAGCAGGGAACACACGAGAACAAGCUUCCAGUGUUCGUGAGUCCGGUGCUCUCUGCAGUCUCCCGCCCUUUAGCGCCAAAUCCCAAGCGCCUAGUCCCAAGAGUCCAAUUAGGGCUCCUAGCGACUGGCGCACCAAGAUGAAGGAAGGAAUCCAACCCAAUAGGGCUUCCUCUACAGGCUCUGAGCCCCAGUCUCCAGACUCUGCUCCUCCAGCCACAAUUUACCAUCACACUAUGCCAACUAUGCCCAUGACCAUGUCCACUGCACCGGCUCCUAUUUUCUACUCACCCCCUAUGUCUGCAGCCACCCCUGCUGAACUCUACCCCCAGCAGACGCAGCGCAAAAUGUUAGUGGACUUGGCCACUGGGCAAUAUUACCUUGUGGACACACCAGUGCAGCCUGUGAAAAGGAGACUUUUCGACCCAGAAACUGGACAAUACGUAGAGGUUCCUGUCCCCCCUCCACCUGCAACUCCAGUCCCCAUUCAUAUGCCGCCCCUAGCUCUCAGUCCGGGUGCAUAUGGAGCUGCCUAUAUGUUCUAUCCAGGAUUUCUGCCCUCUCCUACCACCACUGUCCUCCCAGCCAACACCUUGCAGACACAGCUCUCCAACCCAGGUAGCGAUCACACCUACGAGAUGCCAGUAGUUGACGGGAGCCAGCAAGGAGAGCUAAGUAUGUCCGAAGGUCCUUAUUACUUGGCCACUGGAGCUACACCAAGCGGUGCAACUACUGGUCAUCCUGCUAAUAUCAGAAGGGGGUCCAUUGGCUGUCCGGAUGGCAAGCAGGUUAUCAGCAUCAUGUCCCAGCAAGGACCUAGGAUUGUUGCCCCUCCAUCAUUUGAUGGAACCACCAUGAGAUUUGUUGUGGAGCACAGAUGAAUAUCCAGUGGUCAUCUCUGAUAUCAACCUUUUAAUCCUGGUCCAGCAUCCAUCAAGGGUUCAAGUGGACAUGCAUAAGAUUUGAAAGGCUUCACAAGUGCCUUUCAGAAAUGCUUUGCACCACUGCUGUGAAACAUAGUGGACAGGAGACAGCUCUAAAUAGUGUAUGAAAAGCUCAUGCAGGUAGCAAAAGUGCAGCCAGCAGAUUGUGUGAGUUUGCGUUCAUAGAAUAUAGAACAUGUAGAAUCCCACUGCUGCCUUAAGUGGCUUUCAUACUAUCUUAUGUGUUUCAGUUUGUGUGGAUUGGAUUGAACCAUAUUAGCAGGUGAAUUUUCUCUGGAUGUCUAUAAAGAAUGCAUAUAUAUACAUUUAUAUAUAUAUAUAUAUGGGGCAUAGGUACUUCUACCAUGUUUUUCUACUUGAGUUAUUUACAGAGUUGGUCUUUGAAGACCAAAAGAAG